UUUUUAGAGCUGAUCUAGAGUGAUACCAAACAUUUACACAAGAGAGAGAGAGAGUGUGUGGCAGAGAACAUGGAGUCUGGGAAACUAAGGCUUCUUGCUCUGCUGCCAAUUCUUGCAUCUCUCAUUCUUCUCUGUUCCGAUCGUCUUCCCCAGUUUGUUCGACAAUCCAAGAGAAUCAACUGCAGCCAUGUACAGCAAAGGCAUUACUGGAUAGCUAGCAAGCGUAUUGUGACGCCAGAUGCAAUGGUUUCUGGUGCAGUUGAAGUGAAAGACGAGAAGAUUGUAGCCGUUGUUGAGGGAGAUGAUUGGCGUGGGAAUGCCUGGACUCACCAAAUAAUUGAUUAUGGGGAUGCUGUUGUUAUGCCUGGACUGAUCGAUGUGCAUGCACAUCUUGACGACCCUGGAAGAACCGAAUGGGAAGGAUUUCCUUCAGGGACAAUGGCAGCUGCUGCUGGUGGUAUCACAACAUUGAUUGACAUGCCUUUGAAUAGCGAUCCAUCUACAGUUUCAGAAGAGACACUCAAACUUAAGGUCCAGGCAGCUCAGGGGAGGAUCUUCGUUGAUGUUGGUUUUUGGGGAGGUCUGGUUCCGGAAAAUGCAUUCAAUUCAACUGCUUUGGAGCGUCUUCUUGAAGCUGGAGCACUUGGCCUCAAGUCUUUCAUGUGCCCCUCAGGAAUCGAUGACUUUCCCAUGACAAAUUCCAGCCAUAUAAGGGAAGGGCUGUCUGUACUGGCAAAAUAUAGAAGACCACUCCUUGUGCACGCUGAGAUUCCUCAAGAGCUGGAUACGGCAGAUAAUGGUGCUGCAAAUCCUAGAUCGUAUUCCACGUAUCUCAAGACUCGGGCUGCUUCAUGGGAAGAAGCUGCAAUAAGAGAGCUGUUAAAAGUAAGUAAAAACACUAGAGGCGGAGGUGUUGCCGAGGGUGCUCAUCUCCACAUUGUUCAUUUGGCUGAUGCUGGAUCCUCUUUAGACCUUAUAAAGGAAGCUAAGAGUAGCGGUGAUAGCAUAAGCGUAGAGACGUGCCCCCACUAUUUGGCCUUCUCAGCUGAAGAAAUAGCAGAUGGAGAUACACGCUUCAAGUGCGCUCCACCAAUCCGUGAUGCUCAUAAUAGAGACAAGCUCUGGGAAGCUUUGCUGGAUGGAGAGAUCGAUAUGCUGAGUUCGGAUCACUCGCCCUCAGCUCCGGAGCUGAAGCUGUUGGAGGAGGGUGAUUUCCUGAGAGCGUGGGGCGGUGUAUCUUCACUGCAGUUUGUUCUACCGGUGACAUGGUCGUACGGACGCAAACAUGGGAUCAGUCUCCAUCGGUUGGUUACUUGGUGGAGUGAGAAGCCGGCAAAACUGGCUUCACAGCAUCUUAAGGGGGCGAUCGCAGCCGGAAAUUAUGCAGAUAUCGUGGUGUGGGAUCCUGAUGUGGAAUUUGAACUGGACGAAGAUCACCCGGUAUACCUUAAGCAUCGGAACAUUUCAGCAUACAUGGGAUCCAAAUUGGCGGGAAAAGUUGUAGCCACUUUUGCGAGAGGCAAUCUCGUUUACCGAAGUGGGAAGCACGCUCCGGCAGCCUGCGGCGUCCCCAUCUUGGCUAAAUGAUCACACCAUACCAUUUGUUAGUUGCCACAUUUCUGCAAACUGUCCAUAAUGAAUUGUAGCUGCCCACAUCUUCAUUACUUUAUUAUAUACCUUUCUCCUCUUUGAAUUCAGGAUAAAUCUACAUCACCAUAUUAUGGACAACCAUUAAUUGGUUCCAAGGACGGAACCAGAAAUUCGAAGAAGCCGGUGCUGAAUUAAAGUAAAACACUUUGUAUUGAAUUUUACAUAUAAAUUUUUUACAAAUUUUGUGAGACACCAGAUGAUAAUUGUAAUUAAAAAAAUUCAAUAAAUCACCAUUAUCAUGUACUA